GGUCAUGAAUUGUUGCAGUGUACUGCGAAUUCCCGUGCAGGCGGGCUGGUAUGCCCACUGUGAAGGGAAGGAGAGGUGAAAGUUCACAAUGGCUUGGACAUAUCAGGUGACAAUGUGGAGAAGUUGGUCAAGCGCCGCAGUUACAUUUUCAGAACUUUUGGAAUGACUAGCGAAGGGCUUUCAAAAUACUGCGAGGAGGAUGAGGACUUGGCGUUGGCGUACUAUGACGAUGACGACGACUUCGAUACGUUCACAGACGGAGAUGUUGACUGUAGCUGCGAGGACGGAGUCCUGGGCUUCAGUGACCCCUUCAAUAGUGAGGUGAAGCCACGUAUCCUGCUGAUGGGCCUCCGUCGCAGCGGCAAGUCCUCCAUCCAGAAGGUUGUGUUCCACAAGAUGUCUCCCAACGAGACGCUCUUCCUGGAGAGUACCAACAAGAUCUGUCGCGAGGACGUCUCCAACAGCUCCUUUGUCAGCUUUCAGAUCUGGGACUUCCCUGGCCAGAUCGACUUCUUCGACCCCACGUUCGACUACGAGAUGAUAUUUCGCGGCACCGGGGCACUCAUCUUUGUCAUUGACUCACAGGAUGACUAUGUUGAAGCAUUGAGCAGACUUCACCUAACCGUGACCAGAGCCUACAAGGUCAACCCUGACAUCAACUUUGAGGUGUUUAUCCAUAAAGUGGACGGGCUGUCGGACGACCACAAGAUUGAGAAGCAGAGGGACAUCCACAAAAGGGCCAAUGAUGACCUGGCAGAUGCUGGCUUGGAACGGAUACACCUCAGCUUCUAUCUGACCAGCAUAUACGACCACUCCAUCUUUGAGGCCUUCAGUAAAGUGGUGCAGAAGCUCAUUCCUCAGCUUCCCACUCUUGAGAACCUCCUCAAUAUUUUUAUUUCUAACUCAGGCAUUGAGAAGGCCUUUCUGUUUGACGUGGUCAGUAAGAUCUACAUCGCGACGGACAGCAGUCCGGUGGAUAUGCAGACGUACGAGCUGUGCUGUGACAUGAUUGACGUGGUCAUCGACAUCUCCUGCAUCUAUGGUCUAACUGGGGAUGAGGCAGUAUCUCCCUAUGACAAAGAGUCCAUGGCCAUCAUACACCUGAACAACACCACAGUCAUGUACCUGAAGGAGGUCACCAAGUUCCUGGCCAUGGUCUGUUUCCUGAGGGAAGAGAGCUUUGAAAGGAAAGGGCUCAUCGACUACAACUUCCACUGCUUCAAGAAAGCCAUCGAGGACGUGUUUGACGUGCGCCUGAAGGUGCAGAAGAGUCGCAAGCUGCUGAGCCAGAGGAGGUGGAGCAAACAGAACACUCUGAACGGAGCGCAUGUCCAGCCACACUGAUGAAAUCACGGGAGAAUGUCUGUCUGUGACCGUGUUCUGGAACAAUCGCCAUGAAGCCUUUUCUUCCUGUUCAUUUUUUUUUUUUUAAAGAUGUGUUACAUUGACGUGAAGUUCUACACAUGGCGUUCUCUUAUUUUGUAAAUCAUAUUCAAAAGAAAGGAAGAUUGUACCUGGAAAGUACAAUGUUUUUAUACAAUAACAUAAUAUUUUUUUUUCAUCAAUGGUGCCCAAAGAAAUUAUGUGAUUACGUCCAUGCUGUUGCCAUGUUUCCACAUAGUUACAUAUUUGGUUAUUCCUAAUAUCACACAGGGCACUAUAUACUCAUAUAAUGUUGUGUAAUAGUGUUGUUAGCGAAACAAUGACUGCAUUUGCGUAACUAAUUUGCAUUUAGAGAAUGCCCCAUCCGGAGUUCUGGCUGAGCUGUACGCAGUCGCAGUGGACAACAGCGUCCAUUAUCAUUUGACAGAUAUUAAAAACCUAGACCUUUGUCGUGUCUGGGUCCUUUAAUGUAUCAACCUUAUUGUGUUUGUUCUUUCAGAUUGUCAGACCAUAUUGGCAUUUUCAAGUAGCCUGUUUUUUUUUUUUUCAAUUAGAGCACUUGCAUUGAAACCAACCUUUCAUAAAACAUACAGCUCCUGAAAAUCUAGCCAGCUACCUCAGCAUGCCAGUAUGGUUUACAUCUGUUUAGAAUGCAGAGUAACAGACAGUUUUAUAGAAGGACAAACAUGUUGUGAACUGUUGUUUUGUUCUGUUUCUAAAGUUCACAUUGCUGUUCUUGUAAUUUUACAGUGAAAGGUUGUUGAAUGUUUAUUCUCAUUCUCUACGUAGGUGUUGCCAAUGCUUCGACUUAUUCAGCUUUAUUUCUCUAAACAAAUUGCAUAACAGCCUUGUUUCUAAACUACUUUUAUUCUCACUUGCUAGAUUUAGAAUCACAGCAUUUCAGCUAAUUAUUUUAUUACUGUACUAAUUUGCUCAGUAUUUAUGAAGUUAUUUAUUUAUUUAUUUUGUUAAUAAAUAAAGGUGGCAUUUGUUA